AUGACGUCGCUCCCGGACAUGUCCGACGAGGAGAUUGAGACCAAUGAUGCAGGGCAGGAAAUCUUCACCGAGAAGAGAACAGCUCCGUCUGCACAAGCAGACUUGGAGUUGGACAGAUUGCUCGAAGUUGAGGAACAGGAUCAUGCUGUUGCUAUUGAACCGGAUGUCUUUCGACAGCUUGCUGCAGAGGCACUGACCCAGGCGCAGAUUUCCAAUACAUAG